AUGGCUCUUGCAUAUCCCGAGGGCGAAUGCUUCUUCAGACGCGCUGCUUUGAAUCACAAAGACAAAAAUUGCUACCAAGCUGAUCGUGUUGAUCAUUUUUAUGGGCACUUUCUGGUUGAGUUCCUCUGGAAUGUGCCAGCUCACACGGGGGACAAGGCACUGCAACCGCAUUCGCAUCCACGCUCGACAUAUAAGAAACAUGACUUUAGCAUUCCUUGGGGUUUCAUGAGCCAGGGUAGAGAAGGCCCCUAUAUUGGAUGCUGGACACAUCUACCCUUUCAUAAUCUCUGCACCUGGGCUGAGCGUCUUAAGAAGCAGGUCGAUGGUGAUGCCAUGGAGGUGGUCUUGGUUUAUGGCGAUGCCGAUGCCGAAAAGCGCCUGGCCAAUAUCCGCGCCAUCUAUAUUCCCGUAGCACACCAAGCCUCCGAGGACCAUCCCGAACUCUGCACAUUCCAGCAUGUGAAUUUUGCGGCUGCAGAUGCAACAAUUAAUAUGCUUCAUCAUACCGGGGACCCCAAGAAGCCGAAUGUAUUCUGGAAGGACGUUACGUUCAGUAAAACGCGCGGCUUGCAGGAUUGGAACAAUCUGACCCUGGGGAUUAACAUCAAUGGGCUGGUCAACCUCCUCUCGCUUCCACGGCAAUUGCGUGUUCAAAACGCCUUCACCUCGAAGAAUAUCAUCAUGCUGGAGGCAAAGAUGGUCGCAUCCCCUAAGGUCGAGCAGACCUUCAUGGAUCAUGCGGACUUUGACUGGGCUCAGAUCGCCAGAGCCAACUUUGGCCUCAGUAUUCAAUGGAAACCUGCUCCCCAGAAGACCGAUUGGCUGAAGAACUUCUUGAAGAACUCUAUGACCGUCGCUGUCGGAUUUAUUCCUGGAAUUGGAUCCAUUGCUGCAAUUGCCUUUCCACUAGCCUGGGUGGCAAUGGAUGAUCCAGAUUCGUUCGUGGAGACGCUUAGAAACCUUAUUCCUGGGAUAGAUCUUGAAUUAAAGAUCAUCGAAGCAAUUCGGGACAGCGCUAAAGAUGUGGUGCAUGCUAAGGCUGCUUUGACCUCAGAUGCCCCGAAGAGCGUGGAAGUCGACGAUCUUGACACCGAGACACUUAUAAACAAUGAGCUCAAAUCUCUCGCUGGACGUUCCGUGGACUUCAAGGCCCUAGUUUCCGAUGCUGGCAGACCAGAAGACCAAAUCGUGAUUCUGGAAGCUGAGACGGAUGGCACGGGGGGUGUUGACCAUGAAGCAGAUAACCGCCUUGAUGAUGAAAUUGAUGACCAGGGAGUUCCUGAUCAAGUCACUUUGGACGAGCUUGGUCCCAACCUGUAUUUCCGACUGGCAGAGACGGUGCUGAAGGAUACAGCCCAAAAUAAGGACGAGAGUGAAUGGGCGAAGCUCGUCGAGUCCGCCGUAGAUGCCGCUAAGGACUUGGCCUCGAAAGUCCCUCAUCUGCCUGAUCUGGGCUCGAAGAAAGAUCCUGAACCGACUGAGGAGACCGGAGAGGAUCCCACGAAGAGUGAUGGCCCCGUGAAUGAUUAUCAAUGGAUGGAUAAGUACCUCGAGUCUUUAUUCUCAGGCACCAUCGAGCUUGAUGAGUCCAAGUAA